AUGCGUGGGCUGUGGGGAGGAUUUCAGCGGGAGAUGGACGAGAGGCGAAUGGGAUGGGGAUUGGAGCUGGAACUGCGCCAGCGAACAAGUGUGGCGGCUGGUACGUGGCUCGCCCGCUACUUAAAUGAGGCACACCCGGACGGCGCGCGCAGGGGGCGCGGCCAGCCCGCGUGGCUCCGGCCGAGCCCCGCCCCGCGCACCCCCCGACCUCCCUUCGGCCGUCCCCUUCAGCCAUCCGACUCACCCCAGCCCGCGCCCGCUCAGCUGAGCCCUGAU